AUGAAUAGAAUUUUGUCUCUUACAUUUUAUUUAUUUUUUUUAUAUUUGUAUAUAUAUAAAACAUAUGGAAAACUUAAAAAUACACAUAACGAAUUAUCAGAUAUCAAUGGAAUAAAAUAUUAUUUAAGAAACGGAUUACAUAAUGAAAAAAAUAGUAAGGGACAAAAAUAUGAAGAUUUAGAAGAAGAAAAAGAAGGUGAAAAUGAUGAUGAAGAAGAUUUCAAUAGUGAAGAAAGGAAUAAGGAUCAAGAAAAUGAAGUAAUAGAAGGUCAAGAAGAACAAGCUGGUUCUAGCGGUUCUGGUGAACAAGAAGAAAAAGCUGGUUCUAGUGGUUCUGGAGAACAAGAAGAAAAAGCUGGUUCCUCUGGUUCUGGUGAACAAGAAGAAAAAGCUGGUUCUAGCGGUUCUGGUGAACAAGAAGAAAAAGCUGGUUCUAGCGGUUCUGGUGAACAAGAAGAAAAAGCUGGUUCUAGCGGUUCUGGUGAACAAGAAGAAAAAGCUGGUUCCUCUGGUUCUGGUGAACAAGAAGAAAAAGCUGGUUCCUCUGGUUCUGGUGAACAAGAAGAAAAAGCUGGUUCCUCUGGUUCUGGAGAACAAGAAGAAAAAGCCGGUUCCUCUGGUUCUGGUGAACAAGAAGAAAAAGCCGGUUCCUCUGGUUCUGGUGAACAAGAAGAAAAAGCUGGUUCCUCUGGUUCUGGAGAACAAGAAGAAAAAGCCGGUUCCUCUGGUUCUGGUGAACAAGAAGAAAAAGCUGGUUCCUCUGGUUCUGGAGAACAAGAAGAAAAAGCCGGUUCCUCUGGUUCUGGUGAACAAGAAGAAAAGGCUGGUUCUAGCGGUUCUGGUGAACAAGAAGAAAAAGCCGGUUCCUCUGGUUCUGGUGAACAAGAAGAAAAAGCUGGUUCCUCUGGUUCUGGUGAACAAGAAGAAAAAGCCGGUUCCUCUGGUUCUGGUGAACAAGAUGAAAAAGCUGGUUCCUCUGGUUCUGGUGAACAAGAAGAAAAAGCCGGUUCCUCUGGUUCUGGUGAACAAGAAGAAAAAGCUGGUUCCUCUGGUUCUGGUGAACAAGAAGAAAAAGCCGGUUCCUCUGGUUCUGGUGAACAAGAAGAAAAAGCCGGUUCCUCUGGUUCUGGUGAACAAGAAGAAAAAGCUGGUUCUAGCGGUUCUGGAGAACAAGAAGAAAAAGCCGGUUCCUCUGGUUCUGGUGAACAAGAAGAAAAAGCUGGUUCUAGCGGUUCUGGUGAACAAGAAGAAAAAGCUGGUUCCUCUGGUUCUGGAGAACAAGAAGAAAAAGCCGGUUCCUCUGGUUCUGGUGAACAAGAAGAAAAGGCUGGUUCCUCUGGUUCUGGAGAACAAGAAGAAAAAGCCGGUUCCUCUGGUUCUGGUGAACAAGAAGAAGAUGAUAUGGGUGAAGAACAUGAAGGUACAGAACAUACAAAUAAUAAUGGAAUAGGUAGUAUACAACGAAGUGAUACUAAUGUUAAUGAUCCACAUUCUCAUAAUAACAAAAAAAAAAAUAAAAAUAAUAAAUCAAAAAAAGGUGCAUUGAAUGUUUUAUUUAGAAUAUGA